GCGGUUUGGGCGGCCAAAUUUUGCAGUUUUUUGGCAAGUCAGAGGAGAGGAAGGGAGAGACGUCCAAAAGCAAACAGCAAAUGAUGACCAUAAAUAUAAACAACGUACUAACAAGAUGGGCCUUUUCCCCUCAAAUCAGGGAAUAGCUUAGAGAAUUUUGCUAAUGCCACUGCUCAAUCAAGCUUGCAGGUGUAUUCGUAUGCUUUCCAAUGAUGAUUUAGAUAUUAUCAUUUCCAUGUGCACUCAUUACCCAUCAAAUGUUCUUGUGUUUUUUCGACGUUGACAUGACGAAUUAUGUUCAUUCCACAUUUUUUCAUGGGAUCUUGUGGAAUCCCAUUACUUGAUUUUGAGAAUGCAAAGAACCCAUUUUGUAGUAUUUCUUCUUUGAUCUGAAUCUGUGGCAAACGGGCUAAGAAAUUGAAGUUUGAACCAUGGAUCCACCUGCAAGUGAUGAUGAAGUCAAACCAGAAAACCUUGAAGAGGCAAAAGAGGGGGGUCCUUUGUUUCACUGUGAUCUUCUUGAUACCGAAAUAGUUCACAAGAUAGCACAAGCAUUGCUUCCUGGAUUAGCCUCCGCCUGUGUUGACAACACAACGGGAGGUCUCUUUAGGACCCCCGCAUCAGUGGCUGUUGAUAUUAGAAGGGACAUGGUGGACUAUCUGUUUCAAAGAAGUGAAAAUUUUGUGGCAGAAUCUGUGGUCCUGCAAGGUGGUCCAGAUGCUGAAGUGUCUGACCACCCUUACGAUAUUAUCUCAGAAUUUAUUGAUGAUUUUGUAAGUUCAAAAAGGAACUUUUUUAGCCGGGUGUCUGGAUGGUUGCUCAGUGAGAGGAGAGAAGAUAGGAUAGAUGAUUUUGUGCAAGAAAUGGAACUGAAUGGGUUUUGGCUGAUGGGGAGGAGGGAGGCAGUUGCGCAAACGUUGGUUAAGAAUGUUGAUGUCAAAAACACGUUCCACUGUGAUAUGAAAUUUAAGUCUCCAGAAGAGCUUGCUGAGCAUUUUUGCAAUUGCCGUUUCAGGGAUAUGGACUGCAUGAAUGAGGGGUGUAAUUCCAGAUUCAGUGCAGGUCAAGCAGAUUACCAUGACUCAGUUUGUCCUUUCAAAAUACUUCCAUGUGAGCAGAAGUGCUCAGCAAACAUCAUGAGGCGAGACAUGGACCGGCACUGUAUAACUGUCUGCCCAAUGAAACUUGCAAAGUGUCCAUUCUACACAGUAGGUUGUCAGUUCACUGUUCCUCAGUCUACAAUUGAUCAACAUCGUUCCGAUUACCUCAAUUCUCAUUUGUUCUACAUUCUCCAACCUGUUUAUAAAGAAGCAUCAGUAGAGGAUCUAAACAGAAGGGUGGACCAACUGGAGACGAUAUCAUCUAGUAGGCGACUGGCAGCAGCUCGUGAUCCAAGAUCUUUAACAUAUCUAAUCAGGGAUCUUGAAGCAAAGCUGGGGCCUCUGCAAAUUUCUUCAAAGGCCAAGGAUUGUGAAGAAGGUGAAGAAUUAAAUGGCAAAAAGGAGGAAUCCCCAAAAAAAGAGGAGUACAUCAAUCCACCAAAGGGAAAGGAUGAGGGCUUAGAGUCACCCACUAAACAUAUUCAAUGCAUGGAUCCAUCACCCGAAAAAAGUGCAGCAUCAUCCCCCAAACACCAAGAGAUUGGAAAUGUGCUUGAUGAAAAAGAAGAGCUGACUGGAUCUUCCACACUAGAGGACAAGUCCCUAGAACCACCCAUCGAAAGAGAGAUCCUCAAGGAACAACCUGCUGGGAAAGAAGAAGAAAAAGAAGCAACUAUGCCUAAAGUAGUGCAUGUGGAGUCACCGACCAAGGGCAAUUGAUGUAUCUAAUCAACUUGCCAAGUAAGAAUAGUGUACAGAAUCACCCAAAGAAGAUCACGUAGCAAUUAUCUUUUGUGACAGAAUGUGCAACUGGAGCUAGAUGUCAGUCAGCUAAGGAGAAAAGGGACGCUGGAUCUUAAGUUUGAAAAUCCGCAGACUGAAACAAGUCGACAACUAAUAUCGGACCUAGCAAUUUUUGUGUAUUAAUCAUGAGAAAUUACCUUAAAGAAAUUUCAAUCGUUAACGUAGAUAACAUGUUGGUUUGUCUCAA